AUGUCGAAGCUUAAUCACGCGGCUUCGGCCGACACCGUCUCUCCGGAUGGAGAAGAGAGCGACGACAGCAUCUCGUUGACGUCAACUGUAUCGGGUCAUGACCCCGAACAGGAGUUCGAGGUUGAAAAUAUCUUGGCCGAGCGGCGGUUCGAAGAUGGCAACAUGUACUAUCUCGUAGAGUGGACCGGUUUCGCGCUCCAUGAGAGCACCUGGGAGCCCGAAUCAAAUCUCGGCAGCGAGCUCAAAGCAAUGUGGGAAGAGGACAAAGCUAAACAUGCCACGGGCGAGCUCGAGCCAUUUGAUAUUCAAAAGUUCACCGACGCCCUGAAUAAGGCAAUGGAGGAAAAAGCAGACCGCCAUCGCCGCCGAAACGCAAAACGGGAAAAGUUGGGUCUUCCAUUGACCGCCCCUUUUCCAGACCAGACUUCGGAUUCAAGCAACGUUAAAGCCGUCGAGCAACCCACCGUUAGCGAAUCCGCCCCCGAACCUGCAUCAAGGUUGGGCCAAAAUCAGCCCAAUAUCUCCGAGGACGUCCCGAGUCCGGGUCCUCAGCGUCCAUCGAGCUCGUCACCAACAGCGGCUGCGGACGGCUCGGGACCGCGAGAUGGGACCAGCAAACGGCCAGCCGCCGAAAACCAUGGCUCGGGAACAGGCGCGUCCUCCUCAGCCAACAGGCGGAAGCCGAUAGUCGCCCCGCCAAUCACUGGCUACCAAGGGACGGCCAAAAGAGCGAGUAAAACAUCGACGGAUGCGCUGCCCAUGCUCAAGACAAGGCUUGCAGGUUCCCUGCCAAAGCCAAGCCCGACUUCAGUGCGACCGACGCCAGCGGCCCGAAAGCCGCUCAUGGCGAAGAAGAGCACGUCACAGCCAGCCGGGAAUAUCUUCACCAGCGGUAAAACACGGAAAGCACGGCCCGGGCUGAAGGACGUGAUGUCUGAUCCAACAAAGGCGGCAAAGCUUUUCGACAAGCAUCGCCACCGCAGGCUGGCCGAGAAACUCAGCCGAGACAAAGAAGACAUUGCUCCUGACAUCUCAAAGGUGCAGCUCUUCGACUUCAGGAAGGGACCGACGGCUGGCCGACGAAGCUCCGGGGCUUUGUCUACGAGUCCCUCUACACCAGUAACUCCGCAGCAGGAAACACCCGUCCUAGUCGAGUCUGAGCAGCCACCGGCUCUCAAUAAUGGCCCGGCGCCGGCCGCCACAAACUCGGAUGCAGCAACUACAAAGAAGAAGCGCAAAGCUGUCCGGUUCAAUGUCGAAGACCAGUCCGUCCUUGUCCAAGAGCCCGAGCAAAUGGAUCUUGAUGAUACCGCCGUCCAAGAACCGCCGCCGAUCCUCCAUCCUCUGCCUGCUCGAAAGCGACCCAGCUUGGACCGGGAUUGCGGGGAGCCGCCUGUCCAGGCUACACAGAGCUCGGCCAAGAAGCUGAUACUCGGCCAAUCCGUUGUCGAAGUUACUUUCAAUGGCAUUCCCCAAGAGUCGUCAUCGAGCCCGCCCGCGUGGCUUGCUGACUUCCUGGCCAAGGAGGCGUUGGAAUUCCGCCAUACCUGCUUCGCAAAGACCGUGGCUGCCAAGCGCGACGCGCUCAUUCCAGCGCCCCUCCUGGCUAGUGGGACUAUCGUCGCCCGGGGAGACGAAGCAGCUCUGGCCCGGGUUGGAGAGUACUUGACGGCUGGCUUGCUGGGCCUCUACAGCGGUCAGACACAGUACAAUGUCCUGGCGUACCCGACGAAGUGCGAUGAAUGGAAGUCAAUCCCGCUGGGCCAGGAGCCCACAAGUCCGACAGAGGCGCCACUUGGAUACCUCAUCUUCACCUCACCUCAGGAUUUUGGACUCCUGCUGCCGCCGUUGGCUCUUCCAUCCGUCGAUCCUCAGUUAGGAGCUGAAGUUACAGAGUCCAAUACCAGCAGCGGAGUCGUCUCCAACGCGAGAGAGCUGGUGGUGCAGCGGCUCUUUGGGUUUGAAUACAACAAACUGCUUCCAGCAAUACCAAGGCAGCUGCCGGUGCACAACUUUUUCCUCGCGAUUCCCGACUCGAAGAGGGCAACAGCACAGGCGCUGUACCACUGGCUACGCGCAAGUAAUCCUUCAUGCCAGAUAUUCACAAGCCACCACGCCGGUGGCUGGGAGGCCUUUCGAGCCCGUGUCGAAUCCAUACCCGGGGUGGUCAUCAUCCACGAGCUGCUGGCAUGGAGCCUGCGCCGGAUUCCACGACUCGCCCGCUACCUCAUCACCCGGAACGACGAAUAUUGGUGUCUCUCGGAGCCUGCCCAUGCUUUGCCCCUGUACCCCUCGCUCUCGGUUCCCGAACGCCCGGUCUCACCCGGAGAUAUGCGCCUUACGCGGCUGUUUCCAUACCGCACGGCCAUCCUACUUACGCCUAGCUUCCUAGUGUCCGAGCCCCGGCGCACGCUCGAGUUCUUCGAGUGGUUCAUGAAGAGGUGGCUCGGGAAGUUUCACUGUCGCCUCGUCACUGCCCACAACAUACACGAGUAUCUGUCGGAGUUGGCGGAUGAGAAAUACCAGGCCCGCAAGGAGCUGUGGAGCCAAAUAGGCGACGUUCAGCCAGUGAUCGAGGAGAACCUCAGCGGGCUGAGCCGGGAGGAUUGUAGGUGCCGGUAUGCAGCCGCGGAGAUGGCUGCCGAUCUGCACAUGAUCCGGACUGCAAAGGCUGGCCCAUAUGGCCACGAUGAGGAUAGCAGCUCUCUUGUCUAUGCCGACCCGUCCAUCGACCAAAAUGACGAGCAGAGUCUCGUAAAUUGGUUCGGCUGGUGGGCGACGUUGCGAGCUGACCAGUUCCGCAAAUUCCACGUCGUCGGAUCGAGCAAGGAGACCAAGUUGCCAGGAUCGAGGCGGAGUGAGCGGAUUGUGCGGAUUCCGAAGUACUCCAGCGUCACGCUCAACGACCCCGACGGAGUCCUGGAAGUCGUGCAGGAAAGGAACGACCAGGUUGAGGCGGCAGAGGGUAAAGCGAGCGGCGACGCCAUGAGCCUGCAGUCUCCAGAUCGCGAAGACACGGAGAUCGACUUUACCGAGUUCAUCCAGGGCACCUGGUCAUUCCGGAGCCAUCUUAUUCAACGAGAAGACAGUAGCUACUUCUCCUGGUAUCUCGACGACCUCUGCCACUUGGAAGGGUUCCGGUUUCAGUGGAUGCUGUACAAGUUCCCCGUCUCCUGGCUGGACCUGCAAAUGGCGGAUCAUUUUGGCGACGUUCAUUCGAAGGCUUGGAACAGGAUCCAAGACUGGUUCCAGUUUACCUUUCCCUUCGGAGCCGGAGGGCGCAACAAGUCUUCAUCCGGCUCCCGCCAAGGGUCUAAGACCUCCUCUGGGCCCGCGCCGGGGUACAAUACUUACAUUGGCUUCUUCUACACCAUCGCCGACGACUGGGAUCCUGAUAACCUCCCCGAGAAGAGCUCGCCACAGCGGUAUCCCUGGAUCGCGAUUUAUCGGCCGGUGAACCUCCACAGGCGGCCCUUUGAGCGGUGCGAGGUCAUCAUCUGGGACCCAUUGGUCCGUGUGCGGUAUCCCGGCAAGCAAGAUCUUGCCGAGAAAGACCUGAUCUUCAUGCAGCGCCAGCUGAUUCAGUACGUCAGAGAGCACGGCCCCGAGAAGAACAGCGGCACUUGGCUUGACCAGGUGUGGCUGGGCGGAUGGGACUGGCCGGCGGAGUGUAACUCUCCGUAUCCCAUCGACGUGACGUUGAAAGUUCUCCGCGCCAUGUUGCAAGACAUCAGGCACUUCCUGCCAGCACCCGAGCACAUCAUGGAGAGCAGGGGCUACAAGAAACUCUCCCUCCGCCCUUCUCCCUCCUCCUCCCAUUCCCCUGCAGCCCACACCCCCGGGGCUGCGAGCAACACCGAUUCAUCCCUCUUUGUCGACCAAACCGUCACCACCACAAACGACAUGGACUACACCCCCAUGGACAUCGACCCCCCUUCCCCAACCCAGCGCCGCCCGUCCACCGCCUCCUCCACCUCCUCCGCGUUCCACGAAGACCUCGAAAACACGCGCAUCAUCUUCCAUCCGCCCCGCGCCCCCACCACCACCACAACUACCACAGACAGCAAGCACCCCGCAGGAGUAGUAGCAGCAGCAACGGCACCUCCCCGGACAAAGUCAAAGUGCGUCAACCGGCUCUACGAGGAGGCGCGGCUGGCGCGGGCGCGCGCCGACCCGGCGCUCCCGCCGCCCACGCACAUGCUGUACCGGUUCCCGCCGACGCUGGAGUGGUACGCCGAGCAGCGGGCCGAGGGGCGCGGGUACGCGCACAUCAACGUCGACUCGUGGGAGGGCGUGUUCAAGCUGCUGAAGAUUGGGGAGGGGGCGGCGGCCGGUGCUGCUGCUGCUGCUGCUGCCGGUGGUGGCAGUGGGGGGGAGAGGGAGCGGGGGAAGGGGAAGGAGGGGAAGGAGGGGAAGGAGAGGGAGAGGGAGAAGGAAAAGGGGAGGGAGAAGUAA